AUGAACUUGUUGGGUGAUAUAGUGGAAAAAGAUACGUCUGUCGAGAACAAUGACAAUGAUAGCCUCAUGUCGAACAACUCUAAAACGGGAUUUCCUGAAUUGUACAAACCCAAAAAAAUAUCAUCUUGGAAAGAGAGAUUAAGAGAGAAAAGAGCACGACAGAGGCGUACCAGCGCUAAUGAGGCUAAGAAGCAACAGUCGACCACUGAGGCUCCGUUGUCUGAGGCAAAAUCCAUCCAUAAUGAGAAUAUUAAGGUCUUGCAAGAGAUGACUGAUGAGCAAAUAAUGCAGGAACGUCAGGAUCUGUACGGCUCAUUGGAUCCCAAGUUGAUUGCAAAACUCUUGAAAAACAUCAAUAAAAGAGCCAAAGAAGAAAACAAUGCCCCCUUAUUUGCAGAAAUAGAAGGUGCGCCUGGUACCUGGGUGGGUGGCAACAAACAGGGCAUAUACGAUCUACCGGCUUUGGAAGAUGAAGAUGUGAAUGCUGCUCUAGAAGUCAGGCCUCAAUCGAGUAUAAAUUCAACACACGUUCAAUUUCAAGAAGACCAAGAAGACCAUGAAAAUAACGAUGAUGCCGAUGAUGUGGCACCCUUAGAUUUUCAAAUGGCGCAAAGUAUCGAUCAUAUGAAAAACGAAGACUUGUUCAAGGAUGUUCACUUCAUAAAAGAAAGAAAGCAAAUCGAAAUGGAUCUCAAGAAACUGGAUAUUAAUGAUCCUGAUUUUAAUGAAAAACUGCAUGAAAAAUACUUUCCAGAUCUGCCCAAAGAAGUCAACAAACUAAAAUGGAUGCAGCCAGCUCAAGAGGAAACAAAUAGAAAGUAUGUCAUCGAAGAUAUAACUGAAUGUAGAUUCGAUUUUAAUGGUAAUCUUGUUCCGCCCACAAGACAAAUAGACUCUACCGUCCGUUCGGGCUUACACCAUCACGGCGAUUCGCCUGAACUCGCUGGAUACACUAUAGUAGAAUUAGAGCAUUUAGCAAGGUCCACUUUUUCCUCCCAACGAUGCAUUGCCAUACAAACUCUGGGGAGAAUCCUUUAUAAACUCGGCCAAAAGAGCUACUAUCAAUUAGUGCCAGAGAUUGAUGCUGAGACCUACAAGGAAGAUGGAAGCAUAUCCAACGUUAUGGACAAGAUUUAUGCUAUGUUUUGGGAUUUGGUUAAAGACGGGAAAAUCAUUCAAUCGCUGGAGAUUGCCUCCGAUGAAAAAUUCACCAGAAAUCUCUCAGUGAGGAGUUAUUCUAUUGACGCACUUUGGUUAUGGAAACAAGGUGGCGGGGACUUUAGGAUCAAGAAAUAG